AUGCCGAAGCUCCAUGUCCCGAGACACCCCGGCCUCCGCGGCCCUCCCCGAGUGGCCGGCCCGACUCCCUGCUACUGCAGUGACCUCAAGUUCGGCCAGCGGCCACACAUCGCCAUGGUGACCGUGGGCAACUACUGCGAGGCCGAAGGGCCGGUGGGGCCGGCUUGGACUCAGAAUGGCUUGAGUCCCUGCUUCUUCUUCACACUCGUGCCCUCGACACUCAUGGCCCUGGGGGUACUGGCCUUGGUGCUGGUUCUUCCCUGCAGGCGUCGGGAGGUGCCUGCUGGCACAGAGGAACUCUUUUGGGCGGCUGGCCCUCGGGUGGCUCCCUAUGCGCUGCAGCUGUUUCUGGCCACGCUUCAGGUGGCACUGCCCCUGGCCAGCCUUACUGGCCGAGUGGGCACUGCACGGGGGGUCCGCUUGCCAGGCUACCUACUGUUGGCUUCCGCGCUGGAGAGUCUGGCCGGCACCUGUGGCUUGUGGCUGCUCGUGGUGGAGCGGCGCCUGGCACGGCAGAGUCUGGCAAUGGGCGUCUGGAUGAAGUUCAGGCAUAGCUCGGGUCUCCUGCUCCUCUGGACCGUGGCGUUUGCAGCCGAGAACUUGGCCCUGGUAUCUUGGAACAGCCCACAGUGGUGGUGGGCCAGGGCAGAUCUGGGCCAGCAGGUUCAGUUCGGCCUGUGGGUCCUGCGAUAUGUGACCUCUGGAGGACUGUUUAUCCUGGGGCUCUGGGCUCCUGGACUUCGACCCCAGUCAUACACCUUACGGGUUCAUGAAGAAGACCAAGAUCAAAGCUAUGGCUAA